ACGAAAUAAAUUCUGAAUUAUGUAAAUUCGAGUUUGGCCCUCACAAUUGUUUCUUGCUGGUUUAUGAGAUGAUUACCUUUGUUGACCAAAAAAAACCGGCACCGUUUAAUGUCUUACCUAAAAUUAUAAAUGGCGGAAUUGCCGGUAUUAUUGGCGUGACAUGCGUCUAUCCACUGGAUAUGGUAAAGACUCGCCUGCAAAGCCAGCAAAUCGGUCCCAAUGGCGAGCGCAUGUACACCAGCAUUGCUGACUGUUUUCGAAAGACGAUCGCCAGCGAGGGAUUUUUUGGAAUGUACCGGGGCUCCGCGGUCAACAUCUUGUUGAUCACUCCCGAAAAGGCCAUUAAACUGACGGCCAACGACUACUUCCGUUAUCAAUUGGUCAACGAAGAGGGUGUUGUAACAUUGCCUCGAGCGGCAUUGGCCGGCGGUCUAGCGGGAAUGUUUCAGAUCGUGGUCACAACACCCAUGGAGUUGCUCAAGAUCCAGAUGCAGGAUGCCGGCCGCGUGGCCGCUGCGGAUCGAGCAGCAGGAAGAGAAGUGAAGCAGCGGACGGCCAUGGGCUUGACCAAGCAGCUCCUGCGGGAGCGUGGCAUCCUGGGUCUGUACAAGGGAAUAGGUGCCACCGGAGUGCGCGACAUCACCUUUUCCGUUGUGUACUUUCCGCUGAUGGCCAUUAUAAAUGACAAAGGGCCACGAAAGACGGAUGGCUCCGGUGAGGCGGUCUUCUACUGGUCCAUGCUGGCCGGACUUCUGGCUGGGAUGACUGCCGCCUUCCUCGUCACUCCAAUGGAUGUGAUCAAGACCAGGCUACAGGCCGAUAGCGAGCGUCGGUUCAACGGCAUCCUCGAUUGUGUGGGGCAGAUCCUUAAAAAUGAGAGUGUAACGGCAUUUUUUAAAGGUGGUCUAUGUCGAAUGAUGGUGGUUGCUCCACUUUUUGGGAUCGCGCAAAUGUUCUACUUUUUGGGCGUGGGCGAGAUGAUUUUAGGCAUCGAAAAGAAAAAAUCUGUGUAAAAUCGUUUGAGACAGGGGUUUGCAGUCAUUUGUACCAUUCCCGUAUUUCGUUUCAUUAUUGUUUCACCUAAAAAUGGAUUUAUGAGAAUGUAACUUUUAAAUUUUCUUUUAAGGACCUAUCAGUUUAUAA